UACUAAAUCAACGCUUUCUCUCAGAUCUAUUCAUCAUUUCUAACCACCCACAACAAUGCCAUCCAAGGAGAAAAUCGAAGAAGCGCAUCGCACUCUUUUCUCCGAAGGAAUAGCAGUCCGACGCGCUGUAGCAGGCGACACCUACGUCGACGCUUCCCUCGCCCGACAUUCCUCGGACUUCUCUAAACCACUACAAGACAUCGUAACCGAAGUCGGCUGGGGAUGGAUAUGGACGCGCCCCGGCUUGGAUCGGAAACAACGUAGUUUGCUGAACUUGGGCAUGCUCUGCUCGCUGAAUAGAAGUACCGAGCUUGGUGUGCAUGUCAGAGGCGCAUUGAGGAAUGGACUGAGUGAGUUGGAGAUUCGAGAGGCGCUUUUGCAGGUUGGUGUUUAUGUUGGGCUGCCUGCUGCAAUUGAGGGCUUUAGAGUUGCGGAGAAAGCGAUUGAGGAUUGGAAGAAAGAAGAGGGAGCAGUGAAGGCGAAACUGUGAUGAAGAAUGACAAGUAAUAUAGCCUUUAAUAUGAGUAUAGACCAAGACGCUUAUCUUCUUGC